AUGUUGCCUGCCGGUUCGUCUCACACCGGCUGCGCUUCCGCGCCUGUCCUGGGGCACGAGACAGCCUUCGAGACCUUGGAGGAGACAAUUUUCGUGCCUGUCCAAGACUCAGCUUUGGUGGAGCAGGUCAAGGCUCCGAUGAAGCAGAAUGCGGAUCUCGCGGCUCUCUUGAAAGAAAGCACACGCGAGGCUGAUGUCAUGACAAAGAACGCGGAGAAAGCAAAGAAGAAGUACCUCACCCCCGAGGAAGGCGAAUAA